AUGGCGGAGACAGUGGAACCCCAGCCCACCAAUUUGAUGAGCGCACAAAAGACGGCAGCCGCCACCCCUAUCGAUGGUCUCACCUUCGUGGACGAAGCCAAACUGCACUCUGAUUUUCGUCGGCUGAGGGGCAAUCAGUUGUACUACGUGAGUCACUGCCUGUUCUACGAAAAGAACGGUGAACGGGGUGAGAGCUGCAUCUUUGCCCUCACUCCCAAUGCUUUUUUUGUGUUGGACCACCACGGUGUGAUGGAGCGGGCCAGCCCCUACGAGGUCGUUACAGAGAUGUACCAGAAGAAAACGAAGGACAAGAAGGGGGUGCUGUUCAAUUCGGCUGAACAUCACCUGCUCCUGAAGAUCCCAAGCGAGAUUGAUUGCCACGUCAGCUUUGGCAACGAAGCCGCCUUUCAGAAGUGUGUGCACGUGCUUGUGACACUGCUGCAGGCGCAUCGUGGGACGGUCGUCAAAGUGAGGGACGUCCCAGCCAACAUGGAAAUUGAACUAUUCUGCAGCGAGGUGCGACCGGAGGGGUAUCACACCCCGCGGGAAGUGGUUGAAAUCGAUUGCCAACGGUCCCACUUUGAGACCUUCAUCCGCAAGGGAAAGGUACAUGUGAGGGAGCUGUUAUCACAGUUGGAUGCAAUCAAGGCACAAAUAGCAUCCCGCGAAGAGGAGUUGGAAAAUCUCAAACAUAAAGGCAUUGACGAGACGCUUCUUCGGGCGCGCAAGGCAGAGUUGGGGGCGCAGCAGGUGCAGCUGCAUGGGCAGAUGUCGCAGAAGCACGAUACGUGCGAAGGCGUGCUUGACACCGUCAAGGCACUGCAGGAGAGGCUGGCAGCUGCGCGGGAAAACAUGGAAGGAUUGGUGGAGAAGAGUCUGGCGGAGAGAAUAGCGGAGAUAGACAAAAAACAUGAGGAAGCCACCGCGCUUCGGCGUGAUGCUUAUCAGAAGGAGAAAAACGCCAUGUUAGGGAACAUUGCUGCACACAAGAACGAACUGCGCGCCGCAUGGGCGAGUGUGACGGAUGCUAGAGGGCGGGAACUGGUGUCACAGGUUGGAGCGUCUAUUGUGGCGUUGGAGCGGGAGACGGAGCCCGUGUACCGCCUAGAGAAGUUUCUCGCUACCAUCAACGUUGAGGUGCAGGCGCACAGUGACGAGAUCGGCGUACAGAAUUUUGAGAAGCAAAAGAUGCUGAAUGAGCGUGAGGGGAAGCAAAUGGGGCCUUCACAGAGCACAGCAGCAGCAGCAGGAGUGGAGGACCCGUUUGAUGACCCUUUGCUUGUUUUGUCUGCAGCCCCUACAAAUGCCCCUGCUUUGCAGGGUCUGUUGGAGACUCACUCAGCUGAAGACGAUAUUCUGUGA